AGAAAAUGAAGUCAACCUUAAUUGUAUUCCUGUGCUUAUUGGGAUUCUCAUUCGCCUUCUUGCCUAAUUACUCACCAGAGCAAUUUGUUGAUCCAGAAGUCAACUUUCUUGAAAUGGCUAAUGAAGUAUAUGCUGCAUUUUACAAAGAAGCCUUUGGACUAAACCUUGACAUCACAGUUUGUGGUGAUGACCUUCAAGAAGGUGCUCUCAAGGUAGUUGGCGCACUAAACGGUUAUGCUCAACAGAAGGAACCAUCUGCUUGGAUCGUCAUGACUUUCUUACUAGGUAACGGAAUCUAUGAAAUUGCUAACAGAGUUCAGAACUGUGAGGAAGCCUGGCCUGUAUUUGAGCAAGGACUCAAAAAGUUCGAACCAUACAUGGAGAGUCUCCAGAGAUUGGUCAUGGAUGUUGCCCAAGCUGUUGUUUUGAACCCAUUAGUCUUCUACAAAGACUUGAAGCAUAUCUACCUUGACUUAGAUCCAUCUGGUGUUCUUCCAUACUCAGACAUUGGAGCUACUAGUGGAGAGAUGGCAAGGAUGGUUAUCCACAGUUAAAUUUCUCUUGUUACUAAAUCUUCCAUCAAAUUUAUCUUUUCUAA